AUGGCCUCUCUCCACAACCUCUCCUUGAGUGAUGAUGAGGAAGAAUUAGAGCUGCAACAUGAUAUUAAUUCCACACAGAUUGCUGAUCCCAACCUCCGCCUUGUUGGUCGCUUCCUAACAAACAGACCCAUUCGAACCUACAUGAUGAUGGAAAAAAUCGAAACAUUCUGGAACCCUGUCCGUGGUGUAAAAAUUCAAGAAUUAGAGCCAAACUUAUUCACUUUCCAAUUCUACCACCACCUUGAUUUACAGAGAAUCUUGAGAAAAGGCCCAUGGUACUUUGACAAUCACUUGUUGAUCCUGGACACUAUUCCUGAGAAUACUAAUCCAAAUCUAGUUGCUCUCCAGACUGUUCCAUUUUGGAUUCAAGUCCAUGAUCUUCCCGCGGGCUAUAUGUCUGAGAAAGUUGGAAUAGACAUUGCAAACUCCAUCGGUCAAUUCAUUGAGUAUGAUGCGAAGAACGGUUCAAACUAUCUUCGACAGUUUAUGAAGAUUCGUGUCUUGCUAGAUGUCACGAAACCUCUGAAGCGUAUGAAGAAGAUCAAAAUGCAUGGUGGUGGAACCAGCACCAUCAAAUUCAAAUAUGAAAGACUGGGGAAUUAUUGCUACUAUUGUGGUAUGUUGGGCCACAUUGAGGACUACUGCGAAAAGCUCUACUCGGCAAACUCCGACGACGGUACUAGAAUCUGGGGUCCCGAGCUGCGCGUAGAGAAGCAGCGCAACCAUGGUGGUGGCGAUGUGAACAAGCUGAGAGAUGGUGGCAUCACAAUUACUGCGCCGGCAACAGUUACAGUUACCAAAAGUAACGGUCAAAAUGCAGAUUCUGGUGUUUCAAACAUUUCCAAUUCUGGCGCAUUGAUUAGUCUGUUACGAAAUCCAAAUUUACUGCGCAAAUCAAAGCUAGAUAAUGCGGCAGCAGCUAAUUCAAAUGCUCACGCUAAUGAUGAUCAGCUGAUGGAGGAGAAUAAUGAGGUAUUUAUUGCCAACAAGACAAAACGGUCCAGGGAAGUAAUUUCUGAGAAUAGGCACAUUCAAAGCUCAUCAGUUGUUACAGGAAAAAACACUCAUCAUGCUCAGUCAUCAUCUACUCCAAGCAACAAAGCAGUAACUAUCUCCACCUCUAUGCACGUCCCGCAGACGAAUCACUUUUUAUCAGCGGAGCCUAGAAUCCAGGCCUGCCGGGAACAAUGA